AUGGCCAUUCUCCUGGCUGUUCUCCUCCUUGUCUCACUGGCCUACUCGGCCCGUAUCAGGCCUUCCUUAUAUAGAGGUGCCAACGAUACUGUCUUUCGUGAGGAUGAUCCUCCCCAUGCCAAUGGCUAUGCUCGUGCCCAUGGGACGAACUUUCUUAUCCAUGAUCCGAGUAUCGUCCAGGUAGGCGAUACUUUCUACUCCUACAGCGUCGCCCCGGGUAUCGCCAUCCACGAGUCACCUAGCCUCGACGGGCCCUGGACGCAAACCGGCAGUCUUCUCGACGGAAACAGCGUCAUCCGGAAGGGCGACAGCAAGUCCCCCUGGGCGCCCAACACCAUUCAGAUCGGGGACAAGUUCUACUGCUACUACGCCGUCAGCAACGCUGGCUGCCGCGAUAGUGCAAUCGGGGUAGCCUCAUCUGACUCUCCCGGACCCGGGGGUUGGACAGACCACGGCCUUAUUCUUCAGUCAGGCUCCGGCGAUGGCUCGGAUAUCCCCCCCAUGGACCAAUCGAACGCGAUCGACGCCAAUGUGUUUGUGGACUUUGACGGGUCCGCGUAUUUGAUAUUCGGCAGCUUCUGGACUGGCAUUUGGCAGGUUAAGCUUGAUAAGGACUUGGUCUCUGUGGAAGGCCACAGUACCAAGAGUCUUAGCUCGUCCCAUCUUGCUGCAGAGCCCGGGAAAGUGUGGCGUGGGAGGAAGACAACGAAUCCCAUUUGUGGCGACGCGUCCGGAGGCCAUCCCAUCGAGGGCGCCUUUCUGGCUUACCGUGCGCCGUACUAUUAUCUGUGGUAUAGCUGGGGGAGGUGCUGCGAGUUCAAGAAUCCGAGAAUGCGGACGAAUGGGCAAGAGUACCGCAUCCGAGUUGGACGAUCCGACAAUGUGCGCGGCCCGUUCCUGGAUAAGCAGGGCAACGACCUUGUUGAUGGUGGCGGCGAGACGGUUUACGGCUCAAAUGGUGAUGUCUUCGCUCCGGGGGGUCAAGGUAUCAUGAGCGACCUGACGGGUGAUAUCCUCUACUACCAUUACCUCAAUUCCUCCAUCAGCUACGAAUUCGGCCAAGCAAGACUUGGAUGGAACCGGCUAGAAUACGUGGACGGCUGGCCUGUCGCCGUUUAUUAG